UAGAUAAAUGAAAGAGCAAGGACAUUGAAAUAUAGCCAAUUUGCUAUACAUAAAUCCUUAAACACCUAAAGGGUGCAACAUAAUUUUGAUCUUCUCUUAUUCAAAGAGAAUGGAAAGGAAGAGUGAGAAGGUGAUAUUUGUGUUGAUAAAGCUUCAACUCUUUUUGAUACUGUGGCUAGCCCAAGCACGAUCAGUGGAGCCUUGUGAAUCCUAUUGUGGUAAUGUUACGAUUGAAUUCCCAUUUGGAAUUGGAAAAGGUUGUUACAUGGAUGAGAGUUUUGAGGUGACUUGCAACUCCUCUUCUGAACCUCCAAAACCAUUUUUAACAAGCAUUAAUAUGGAAUUGCUGGAGGUUUUAUCGCCAAACCAAGUUCAAGUCAACAAUCCAGUAAUUUAUUCCAAUUGCAGCCACAAAACGUCUACAGCUUCAAGGGUCUCUCUGUCGGGUACUCCUUUCACAUUUUCAAAUGCUUCCAACAGGUUUACAGCCAAGGGUUGCAACAAUUAUGCUAUACUAAUGCAAGAUAUUGGUGACACGGUGGGAGGAUGUCUCUCGAUUUGUCGUGAUGAAGCUAAUUCAAGUGGCUGCUAUGGCAUCAACUGUUGCCAGACUACUAUUCCUCCUUAUAUGAAGUCUUUUGAAGCCAACAUGACAAACCCUUUUAGUGAUAAUACAAACAGUUGCAAGUCUGCCUUCAUGGUUGACCAAAGUUGGUUUGCGUUUCAAUCGUCAUCAUCAAGAAGCCUUGAUGAUCUGAAUUACAAGGAUCAUGUACCAGCAGUGCUUGACUGGGCAAAUUAUCAAGGUUAUUGUGAUAUAAGUGAAUACUACAACAUCACUUGUACAACCGACAGUAGUUAUUGUUGGAAAGAAUUGAACAGAAGUCAAGUCUGUAUCUGCCAAUGUGAAGAUCCAAACAAAUGCCCAGAUCAAAGUUCUAAUUACAACUGUCGACUGUUCUGUAUGUACAGACCAGGAGGCUACAAUUGUCCGUGUCCUCCUGGACAUGGUAAAUAUGAAAAUUCCAACAGAUGCUACCCAAAUUCCGUUUUUUGGGGAAAAUCUCGGACUAAAACCAAGAGUAUCAUUAUAGGUUGUGGGUCAGGUAUUGGGUUCCUGCUAUUACUUAUUGGUAUAUGGUCACUGUAUAAGAUAAUAAAGAGAAGACGAGCCAUGAAGCUCAAGCAAAAAAUUUUCAAAAGGAAUGGUGGGUUGUUACUAGAACAAUUAUCUUCUACAGAAAAUUAUGUUGAGCAAACAAAAGUAUUCACCUCCAAGGAAUUGGAGAAGGCAACUGACGACUAUCAUACGAAUCGAAUCCUUGGCCAAGGAGGUCAAGGGACCGUCUACAAAGGAAUGUUGAUAGAUGGAAGAGUUGUUGCUAUUAAGAAGUCCAAAGUAGUGGAUGAAGACAAGCUCGAUCAAUUUAUCAAUGAGGUCGUGAUUCUAUCACAAAUCAACCACAGAAAUGUUGUCAAAUUGAUCGGAUGUUGUUUGGAAACAGAAGUUCCUUUACUGGUGUAUGAGUUUAUUCCCAAUGGAACACUCUACCAAUAUAUACAUAAUCCAAACGAAGAGUUUCCGGUUACAUGGGAAAUGCGUCUGCGGAUUGCUACAGAAGUUGCAGGUGCUCUAGCGUAUUUGCAUGCAGCAGCUUCUAUGCCUAUUUAUCAUCGAGAUAUCAAGUCCUCAAACAUACUUUUGGAUGAAAAAUAUAGAGCAAAAGUGGCGGACUUUGGCACCUCAAAAUCGAUUUCAAUUGAUCAAACACAUGUGACCACUAGAGUACAAGGAACUUUCGGAUACUUGGAUCCUGAGUAUUUCCAAUCAAGCCAAUUCACAGAGAAGAGUGAUGUUUACAGCUUUGGAGUGGUACUCGUGGAGCUUUUAACAGGGCAAAAGCCCAUCUCUUCAUAUAGAUCCGUCGAAGAGAGAAGUUUAGCUACAUAUUUUCUAAUGACAAUGGAAGAGAGUCGUUUGUUUGAAAUUCUUGAUGCUCGAGUUCUCAAGGAGGGUGGAAGAGAAGAGAUUAUUGCAAUGGCUAAGUUAGCAGAAAAAUGCUUGAACCUGAACGGGAAAAAAAGGCCUAAAAUGAAGACGGUGGUAAUAGAGUUAGAAGGGAUUAGAUCAUCUCAAGGAGUUUCUUCAACAAUUCAACAAGAUUAUGAAGAGGUUGAUAAUGUUGUUGGUGACUAUACUGCAUCAUGGGAUGUUGCUUCAUCUUCAACUGGGUCACUGAAUAGCACAACCAUACGUGCCCGUUUCGAUGUGUAACCAAUACUACCUCCCAAUAGCACCUCAUGUACCCAAAGGAAAAAGAAACUCCCAUUUUAAGGUGGAAAAACUAUACGAACUCUAGGUUGGAGAAAUCUACAAAAAUAAAAAAUAAAUGCUUUUGUUUUAUUAAUUUUACCAUUUCCUUUUCUCCUCUUGUUUAAAGUUUCAUGGAUGUGCUGAUUGGAAUAAUUGAAUAAUUCCAAUAAAAUUAAGGAAAAUUAUGUUGUCUGCAAUUAUGUACGUACACGCUUCCUGAAUGGUUAAUUUUUGUAUCUUCCAUUU